ACAGAUCCAGCGAGCUCACUGUGGUGCACUUUAUCCACCGAAAUAGCAACUUGAUCCUUCAGCGAUCCACGGAAGUUUCGAGCACUAGUCGGUCCCAGCCUACCUGCCUAUAUCAGAGAAGGAAAGGAGCUUCGUACGAAAGAUUUAUCUUUCUCACACCUCAGACCCUCCAUAUUCAGGAAUGGAGGGGAAUGACACCGCCUCAUUUUUUUAAAAAACUCUUCUACUCCGUUAUAAAGGACUUGGUAAUUCAUUUAGAAAGGCAAUGCCCACUCUUUGCAUCGCCCGCGAGGUCUGCUUCCGAAGAAGGCCCCGAAGAGAAGCCUAAGCUGCCUCUGGCGCUGCCUCCUUCUGGUUCUUAAGCUCAAAUGGGACGGAUCGUGGAGAGUAAAGGCAGCUUGCACGCUCCGAAUCGGGCAUAUCUACACCACUUCCUUGGACAGAGAGGACCGGCGAGGACACUUAGCAAGAACCCUGCAGUUUCGAGGACGACACAUUUCAGGGAACGGAGAGCCCCCAAGAGCCGAUUUUUGCUGGGUCUGGAACCGUCACAAACUUUGAAGGCAAGGCGGAGGCGUGACUUACUGCUCCCCUUUCUUCCUUCCUUCCUUUCUUGGCCAUCCCACUGCCGCUCUGGAUUGGCCGCUUCCUGUCCAAUCAAGCCCCAGAAGAAUUUUUCUUUUUUCUUUUCCUCCGCGGUAGAAAAAAAAAGAGAGAGAGAAUCUGGGAAGCUGAUUUUGCUGAAGGGUCGUGGGCGGGUGGAUACUUUUCAUUCCCCCCCCUUCCUUUUUUCAGAGAGGGGGAGUUUCUGGUGUGUGUGUGUGUGUAUUUGUGUGUUUGGAUGUUAGUGCGCGCGAGGUAUUUUUGGGGGGUUGUUAUUAUUUUGUUUGUCGCGCCUGAUUUUCGCAGCGCGUUGCUUGAGCUCUGCGUGGCCUCGUUUCGCCUCCCACGAUGCGGCCAGGCCAAGAGACAUUUUGGCGUUGAGCUCUCCAGGCUGACCAGGGUAAAGGAGGCAAUUAACUGCUCACUGUUUUGCUGGCGGGCUGCGGGUCAGUCGGAGCACGCAGUUACUGAGUCUGUGGGUCCAUCUGGCCAGUGAAGGAGCCGAGACAGGAGCGAGUGGCCGCCGGAUCGGCAGGAUGUACACUGCCGGACUCGCACCCUUUUAUGCUUCCAACUUCAGUCUGUGGUCAGCGGCAUAUUGUACCCCGGCGGGCCCCGGCGCUGGCGGCUGUUUCUCCUUGGAUCCUUCGGGGCUCAAGAAACCGUCUUUCUGCAUCGCGGACAUCUUACACGCUGCCUCAGGAGAAAUCUCUGUUGAGGGCCUGUCCGGAGGAACCUCGGCUAAUCUGGCCUCCCAUUUAGGUGGAAUCCAUGCCCAUGCACAGUACCACGGCGCCGCUUCCCCGCUCAGACCGACACCCAUGGUGGCCCCGGACACUUCAGUCGCCUUCGCCACGCGGCUGUCACCUCUCUCGGCUCCCUACCACACUUCUCAUCCUCAGCACCAGCGCUCUCCCACAGGGGGCUCCAGCGGAGGUGCACGAACCCCGGGCGGAGGGCAAAGCCGCCAGACCCACCCUGGCUCUGCAGCCGCCCCCUCUAGCAAAGACUUGAAAUUUGGGAUUGAUCGCAUUUUGUCUGCGGAGUUUGACCCGAAACUGAAGGAGAGCAACACUCUGAGAGAUCUGACCUCUUUAUUAACCACCAGCCGCCCAAGCGGGGUUCAUAUCCCCACCUUACAGCCUCCGUCCGGCCAGUUCUUCACGUCUCUAGAACCCAUUAACGAGACUUCUGGGGUCCUGGGACACUUAAACACAACCCCAAGGAAUUCCGUUCAGCACCAGUUUCAAGACACUUUUCCAGGUCCGUAUGCGGUGCUUACGAAAGACACGCUGCCUCAGACCUACAAACGGAAACGCUCGUGGUCCCGGGCGGUUUUUUCUAAUCUCCAAAGAAAAGGAUUGGAGAAACGCUUUGAAAUCCAGAAAUAUGUCACCAAACCGGACAGAAAACAAUUGGCCGCCAUGUUAGGGCUCACAGAUGCUCAAGUGAAAGUGUGGUUCCAGAACCGGCGCAUGAAGUGGCGACACUCCAAAGAGGCGCAGGCGCAGAAAGACAAAGAGAAGGAGCCGGCGGAGAAGGUGGCUGCAGCCGGAGCGGGUCUGGGGCCCGGGCCAGCAGGCGAAGGUGAGCUUGAGCGCAGCCCGAGCCGCUCGGAAGGCGACAGUGACAGCAGUGAGGCAGAAUCCCUGGAUCUGGAGCUCGGCAGCGACGCGGAACGGACUGAGCCGGGAGCUGCCCCUGAUCAGGCCGUGCAGCGGCACAUCUCGGAGCUGCACCCACCCGCCGGUUUGGAGACCGCUGCUCACUCCGAGCCGCCACCGCCGCCUCCCCCUCUCCCAGGCCUGGAGCAAGGCCGAGAGCCUUUGCGGUGCCCCGAGUCUUCGUUUUGCCUCCGGGACUCUCCGUGAUGACCUCCCUUCAGCCAAGCUCCGAGGGGUCAGCCUGACAGAGGCCUCUGGAUGCGGAAUAUACUAACUCCUAGUGUGGGCAGAGCGCUCCAGAAUGGGUUCCGGGGAAUUGACUUUGGACGGCGGGUGGAGCCGGGCUGCCUCUAGAAUCAGGGCCGUCUCUGUAUGAGGGUGCGGGCCCCCCAAAAGAUAUGGGGCAGCCCAGAGAUGACCCUGCAGGCUCCAGACAGCGCACCCUGAACGGAUCCACUCAGGUAGGCCGGGACGGAAUUCGAGGAGCUUAGCAAAGGCCAAGGAAAAAGUCGAGCUUUGCAGCCCUGGAGCCUCCUCUGGCUCCCUCGCCCGUUUGCGGCAAGUAGUAGCCCUGCCCGUGGCAAAUGGUUGCUUGAAAAACGAGGUUUGGAGAACCAACAGACUUGGAUGAAGAUGGAGAAAAGUAGAUUGUAAAUAAAGAGUUUCCUACA